AACGGCGGACGGAGUCGACGGCUUCGUCGACCAGUGGAGCCAUCGGGCGGAAUCCACGCCAGUUCACGCGCGGCGGACAAACAGCUGAUCCGGUAAACAUGGCGGCGUUGAGAGGCUGCAUCUCCGCUGCCUGCAGCAUUCUGCCGAGUAACAUAAAUUUACUGGGACACGGCCUGCAACAGAUGCGGAACUACGUCGGCUGCAGGGUGUUGCGCGACGAGAAGCGCAGGCGAUGGGCGAAGCAGUACGCCGAGGAGCGAUUGCGGCUGGUUGCCUUGAAGCGCAACGAUAUUUUGCCGAUCGAGAUAAGAGAGCUCGCUGGCAAGCAAAUAGAUGAAACAAUUCCCAGACAGACCGCGUUGAGACAAUUGACACCGAGAUGUGUCGUGACGUCUCGAGGCCGAGGUACAGUGAUACGGUGGAGACUAUCACGAUUCAUCUUUCGCGACCAGAUCGAUUAUAAUAAAAUGGCUGGAAUGCAACGUGCCAUUUGGUAGAGCGAUACGCACCUUUUGGACUGUACACUACUUGCGCAUUGCGUAUAAGUGAAUCAGUGAAGCGCAAAUGAUAUAUAUAUACGAGAGGAUGUGAAUAGAAUAAACCAUCGUUAUUAUGUUGCCCUA